AUGACGAGUAGAAAGUCAUUGAUCUCAGAGAUGGAUCACAGCGUGAAACGAAUGCUGAAACUGAUAGAGGAAGACGGGGAUUCAUUUGCUAAAAAGGCUGAGAUGUAUUAUCAGAAGAGGCCAGAAUUGAUCUCCAUUGUCGAAGAAUUCUACCGCAUGUACCGGUCACUGGCGGAGCGUUAUGAUCACGCGGCAACAGGCGAAUUCCGGGGGACCCUCCAUUCCCAGGGCUCAGGCAUCUCCGACAUCAGCUUUGAAAUGGCCUCCUCCACAUCUCCUUCUCCCGAUCGAAGAACAAGCCGUAAAUCCGGUCCUCGUGCAGCUGGUUUUGACUUCUUCCUUGGCUCUGCUGGAAAUAGCUUGGAUUCGUCCAACAAGUUUGAAGGUUAUGAAUCAUGUACCUUAGAUUACGAUGAAUCAGCAGAAUCGGAUGACGAUUCCUCCGUUAAUAAUUAUUCGGCCGCCGCACCUGGUAAUGGCGAAUACCGAGGGUUGCGUAUGAGGAUUAUUGAAUUAGAGGUUGAGCUUCGUGAUGUGAAGGAAAAGUUGCGCCUUCAACACCACCACGGCAAUGCAUAUAUUGGUUGUUCUUUCAAGGAAACCAAAAAAUGGAAUGCAGAUGAAGAGCUGCUGAGGGACGCAAAAGAAAAGAUUAUGGUUUUAGAAGAAGAGAACGCUAGGUUAAAGGCAGGCAUUGCUGAGGCAGAUGAUGGGUUGCAGCAAAGGCUCGAUGAAUUUAAAUCCAAGUAUGAGAUGGUGAUAAUGGAGAGAGAUGAGAUGAAUGCUAAAAUGAUCGGACUCGUCGAUGAGGUGAGCUUUAGAGAUGAGAGGAUUGAUGAAAUGAGCAGGGAUUUGCAUGAGUUACGUAUGGAACAUGUUGUGUUGAAUGGUGAGAGAGAAGGGGCGCAUAAACUGGUGGAGGAAAUGAGAAUGAGAGUUAGAGGACUUGAGAGGGAGGUUGAGAGGCACAGAGCUGUGAUUAUGGAAGGGGCUGAAGAAAAAAGGGAGGCUAUAAGGCAGCUUUGUUUCUCUCUUGAGCAUUACAGAAAUGGAUAUCAUCGCCUUCGGGAGGCUUUCAUGGGGCACAAGCGAAUCCCAAUUAUGCCUACUGAAUUUAUUAAGUGAGGUUAAUUACUGUAGGUAAUUUUCUGAGGCUUGUCAUUUGCGUUUUUUUUUUUUUUUUUUUUUGAAAGUAUACUGAGAAAUCAAAGUUGUAAAUACAUUGCUUGCUGGCACUAUGUGUUUAUUUUGUUUGUGUCAGUGCAGGAUAAUGAAAUUUAAGUUGCUCGGCCAAAUUUUGGGCUUUCAUUAUAGUUUUUAUACAUUCGUUCUAGUUUUUGCAAAGGCCGGUUGUCGAGGCUAGUUAGACA